UGGAAAGAUAGAUAUAAGGUAAGACGACCCACAACAUGGAAUUCCCGCUGGAGGCAGUCCUACGUAUCAACUGUCUCCAGACUCCAAGGCCCGCCUCUUUGGCAUACAUUACAGUCUACAGGACGCACUGGCCUCUUCACUCUGUCCCACCAAGUGUGUACGUAGGAGGCGCUUGGUCUAGAACCCAUCUCCUCCAUGUGGUGGUCACCAUUUCAAAUUCCCUUUAGCAUAUCCGCGAAGCUCAGCCUGAAGCCUUCCACUAUCCCUUUCUAAGUUGCGGAGGUAUCGCUGUUCGGGCAUGCAAUAAUCACUGACUUUGAUGGGUUUUAAAUCCUUCAUUAAACGUUAGAGCCUUGCGUUUACUUUUAUUAUCCCUCUUCUUCUUACCACGCUGAAUUAACAAUAUGGCGAACAUCAGCCCCGCCGUCAAUGGUACCACGAGCAAUUCCAACCUUCCGAAUAGUGUCCUUGAACCAUCAGUCGAUGAAGAAAGGCCCGAGAAUGCCACGUCUAUGGGGAAUCAAUCCAACCAGCCGGAGGAAGAAUUCGUGCCCCUACCACUGAGACCAUCAAGAACUUUGUCUUUCCGAAGCCAGAUCCCAUGGCACGUUUUCCCGGAUGGACUCACCAUCACCGUUCCGCUGCAUGGAAGUUGUCCUGCGUGUCACCACCUUCACGAUCAAUCCGCAGUGGCUUUAACCCUCAAUAGGAUGGGCUCCACCAGGACCACUGUCACCUGCACGAACUGCGGUCACAAGUGGUUUGGCAUUGGCGGCAACUCCAGGACCAUGUCCUUUGUCUCGGAAGAGACGAUCCUUGACCCACAGGACUUGCGACGACUGCAGAGGGACAGGUAUUGCCAUGACACACCUCAAAGCCCACCCGCCACGGCACCUCGUGGCAUGGCGCUUGACACUCACGAAUCCCGUACAAGUCCAGUUUCCCAGAGACUAGGACUUGGUGGAUCUGGAAUACGGUCCCGGGCAAGCUCGAUACUUGGACGCAUCUCGAGCCACAGAUCGAAGGACGGUACUCGGAAUCCAAGUCCAGUCGAAGCCUCACCCCAAGCCCUGCAUGAAAAACCCCUUGACGACUCAUCCAGGGGUAUUUCUGCCGAAACUCCCGUGGCUCUAGCCCCCGAGACUGGUCUUCGGGUGUACGGAAGUCAUGAACCUAGCCAACAAAGGGCAAAGAGGCAACAUAAACAUAUGAAAGUCAUCCAUAGACUCAAGAAGAUGGUGAAGAAGCUCAAGUGGCCGAGGCGGUCGAAAGGCCGUUCUGAACCUCUGCCUCUGGAAGUCGAUGAACCGCUUCCGCAUUCCACCUCUUCUUCUGCUGCAAACCCUCCAGCCGAACAGCCUUUAACAUCGCCAGAUGCCCGAACACCAUCGCAAGAAGUUGAACACGAAGCUCACCUCCGUCCGUCCUCUGCUGGGUCGGCGAAUGGAUGUCCCGGAAGCUCGUCGCAUACAAUUAUCCAGCCUGACGGGCAGACAGAGCAAGAACAUGUGGACAGAAUCUCCGGACAUGGGAGACAACAGACUGAAAGUGACGUGGGAGAGAGCAGUGAUGGCCCUCAACCAGCUGGACGUCUCCCGCUGGACCGCGCUGAGGAUGUCCAACAACCAAACGGUUAUAUUCCAUACAAUGCAGAUGGCCAGCAAGGAUCGCAUAGAACCCAGGAGGGGCAUAUUAACCAUCUAGGACAGACUCACAAUGGUCAGGAAGAAUCUAGUCGCCAAGAGGUGGGAUCCGAGGAUGAGCGUCGCGACCCGGCUUGGGAGCAGCAUGUGAAGGAGGUUCGUCGCCGGAUUACUUUCCAACGCCGUUGGAGGUGCCUGUGCACAACAAAUUGCAACUGCCGCGACCAGCAUAAAGGAAGUGUAGCGCCACCAAGCAAUCGGAAGACCAACUUCGCAAUCCCUGAUAAUCCGCUCGUGGAUGGAGCUUCUGACUACAUGAGCGACGCAGGCACAUCCGCUGUUGGCUCAGUCUGCUGGAACUCGUUUGACCUCAACCAACUACGAGAAAUGGGCGCUCAAUUCGAUUUGGAUAUCACAGAACGGACGGAUUCCGGAGUCUUUCGUCGCGACAUGGUCUUCAUGUAUCGCUCACCGAGUUUGACUACCCGUGGGAGCACUGAAUCCACCUUGGUUGCCAGCAACGGAGGCAGCCUGACCGGCAUUAUUCCUCUAGCACUUCGCUCCCCACCCACCGUCGUUGCCCGCAUGUCUCCCGAGGCGAUCCCGAGGAUACAUUUGCCUACUCGGAUUCCUCGUGUGCAUGCCCCCUCGUCGCGAUUGAGGGAUGAUUUGCAGCAGUCGAGGUGGUCAAUGCCCCAGCUAUCGUCUAUGGGUGCACUUGUCGCGAGGAGGUCCUCCGCACCAAUGCUACUAGAACAAGUUAGUACUCAAGGUCGCAGCUGGGCUUGAGGUCGCGGGAGCGGGGAUGAUGAUAGAGGACGGCAUGUCGCGGCGGGGCGCGAGGGUUCGAGUCGCGGUGGGAGUCGCUUCCACUUUCAUUCGCAGCCUGAGUAGGCUAUUAUUAUUGUGCAACUGCAUGGUGGCGCCCAAAAUGUUUUCAUCUACGUCCAUUAACGGUAUCGCCAUUCGCCAUGAGGGUAUUUUCAGGCGCUCUAUCAUGGACUUAAGACGUUAUUCCGUGGAUGAUGGUCAGGUUUCUCUGUUUCUUUAUCGUGAUCCCUUUUUGCUGCUACGCU